CGCAGGGCUCUGCGGGUGCUGGUGGACAUGGACGGGGUGCUGGCUGACUUCGAAGGAGGCUUCCUCAAGAAGUUCAGAGCCAGGUAUCCCGACAAGCCCUACAUUGCCCUGGAGGACCGGAGGGGCUUCUGGGUGUCGGAGCAAUACGGGCGCCUGGGACCUGAGCUGAGUGAGAAAGCCAUCAGCAUCUGGGAAUCCAAGAACUUCUUCAUCGAGCUGGACCCACUCCCCGGGGCUGUGGAAGCUGUGAAGCAAAUGGCAAACUUGGCAGACCUUCCUCGAGCUCACUGCUCUCCUCUUGCCUUGCAGUAUGCCUGGGUGGAGAAGCACUUUGGCCCCGAGUUUCUGGAGCAGAUCGUUUUGACACGAGAUAAGACAGUGGUUUCUGCUGACCUGCUUAUAGAUGACAGACCUGACAUAACAGGGGCCGAGCUGAACCCGAGCUGGGAGCACGUGCUCUUCACAGCCUGCCACAACAAGCACCUGCAGCUGAAGCCCCCCAGCCGCAGGCUGCAGUCCUGGACCGAUGACUGGAAGGCCAUUCUGGACAGCAAACGCCUGCCACCCAGCCAGGCCACCAUG